AUGGGGCUAAUAAAGCCCUGGCUGCAGUUUCGCGAGCACGAACAUGAACAAUGUCGGCUGGAUCCUUUUAACAGACUGGAUGUUCCGCUCUAUCUUAUCGAUGUAGUCGAGAGAUGUAUAACCUCUAUUCCCGAAUCGGGAGUGCGCUACUUGGCUCUGAGUUACGUCUGGGGCAAUGUAGAGUUUACGAAAUUGACUUUCAGUAAUAUGGAAGCUCUCCAAAGACCCCGAAGUCUAGCUUCCGAGUUAAAUGUCGCCACGGUUCCGCGGACUAUCAGAGAUGCGAUGCGCCUAACUGCCGACCUGGACAUACGCUACCUACGGGUAGACUGUCUCUGUCUCGUCCAAGAUGACCCCAAGAUCGGACUUUAUCUGGAUCGAAUGCAUCUCAUCUACAACACUGCGUAUAUGACUAUCAUAGUGGCGAAC